AUGGGAUUUCUGCCGAAAUGGUCAAGUGCUGAUGUGGUUACGAAUCAGGGCUAUAAUUUCGUAUUGCGGUCAUUGAAGAAUCCAGCAACAUCGCGAACAAUGCCGCGAAUAUUUAAGUUUUCGUUACGCCACAGUAGCGACAAAACUUUUUCUGAGGCCAUAAUAGAGCAAAUGUGCCAAGACCUUGCGUCCGAGGCGGAUGAGGUUAUUUCACAGUCCAAAACUGCGCUUGUUCGACUUCAGUGUUACGAGGGAUGUCUUCAGCUCAUUCAGAAGACCGUUCGCGAACCGAAGAAUGAAAAUCUUAAGACAGAACUUGUAAACAGGUUGAGUCGGAACAUCACCACACUCCGAGUAUUUUACGACCUUGCGACGGACAUAGAGACUAUCUUUGUGGCUCUUAUCCAGAUAUGUAGUCAAAAAGCAACUAAGAAAGCAGCUGCUUAUCUGAUCGAAAAAAUUGCGAGUUUGGUAGACUUUGCGGUGAGUUUCGAUAGUUUGAAGGCGAAGACUUCCGACAUUCAGAACGAUCUGAGCCAUUUUCGGCGGUUUUUGGCGAUCAAUGCAGCGAAAUUAAAUCAAUUGGAGAGUCUGGCUGACGCACCUUUGAACGCAAUGUCAUUUUUUGUGGCUGAUCAUUGCCCCAUGCUCAAAGUAUUAAUUCGAGCAAUUGAAUGUGCAAUGGCCAAAGAACCAGCGGCUGUCGAUGUUUCAGCUAUAUUGGCAAAUUCCCGCUGUGCUUGUAUGACGAGCAGCCGACCGAAAGACGGACGUCCAAUGAUGAAUUUUUUGCGCGCUAUGACUGGAGCUAUUAUUUUGUACGACCAUACAGCUGUUCACGGUGCAUUUUGCUCCAAAUCGGAAGUGAAGAUCAAACGAUGUGUCAAAGAGCUUGUACAGGGAAAGCAUAAUGGAGCAACAUUGGAAUUGAUUGAUACUAUCAAAUAUUGCAGCUUGCAUUACAAUGACUCGUCAACGCCUAUCAAAAUUCGAACUUUAAUGAACACCUAA